UGUACACCGUUUUGUCUCCUCGCUCGGAGAUUGCCCAUACAAAGAAGCCUAAGCUUUUCGACUCGUUCCCUUAUGAUUAAUCAACUCAGAGGCUAACCUGGAUUGGCUCCACUUGUUUCUUGUUGUACUGACAAAAAAUGCGAGGUAGUGGGGCGGCGAGAUCGGCAGUGGCGCUCGUCGGACGGAUGGUGAACGAUGUGGUGAGCUUCGUCGUGUUCACCAUUUUGGAUUUGCUUGAUGUAACGCUAUGUCUUGUUUAUAAGCUCGUGGACUACGCCAUGGAAUCCGAAUGGAAGCCCUGUUACUGCUCCUCCUCCCCCAAGGACAUGAUCACCAGUAGCGGCAAGAUUCUCGUGUCGGAGAGUGGAGGCUCCAAAGUAGUCCGGCUCUCCUCCACCAAACUCCAGCUGGAGGACAUCUCGGACACCUUGUACUCCCGGCCCUCCCUCGUCUCCGAGGUCUCCCGGACGACGGUGCGUGAGCUCCGGAGGAUUAAAAUGGAGCGGCACGGCAGCCGGCGUCCUGCGGCGGCCGCACGGAGCGGAGGCGGGGUUCGAUCCGCGUCGCCCAACACCACCACAUUCACCAUCAACUCACCCAUCAUUCACUUGCUCCAAGGCAAGAUCGGCGGCGACAAGUCCUACCCCGUGCCGCGGUGGUCCGACUGCGACUGCCCGACCUGCACCUCGUGGAACUCCCGCGACUCCCUCUUCGUCCACGCCGAAGUCCCCAAAGAUGGAGGGUUGGCGGAGGAGGACGUGCUGUUCAUACAUGGAUUCAUAUCGUCGUCGGCGUUUUGGACGGAGACGGUUUUCCCGAAUUUCUCCGAGGAGACGAGGGCGAGGUACCGGCUGAUUGCGGUGGACCUGCUGGGUUUCGGGCGGAGCCCGAAGCCGGCUGACUCGUUGUACACGCUAAGAGAGCACGUCGAGAUGAUCGAGCGCUCCGUGCUGGAGCGCUACAAGGUGCGGUCUUUCCACAUUGUCGCCCAUUCCCUUGGCUCCAUCCUCGCCCUCGCCCUCGCGGUCAAGUACCCGGAUGCCGUCAGGUCCCUCACACUCCUCGCUCCGCCGUAUUUCCCGGUGCCGAAGGGGGAGAAGGGGACGCAGUUUGUGCUGCGCCGGGUGGCGCCGCGGCGGGUGUGGCCGCCGAUAGCGUUUGGGGCGUCGGUGGCGUGCUGGUACGAGCACAUCAGCCGGACGGUGUGCCUGCUGGUGUGCAAGAACCACCGGUUUUGGGAGCUCGCCUUCAAGUUCGUAACCCGCAACAGGAUUAGGACCUUCUUGAUGGAUGGCUUCUUCUGCCACACACAUAAUGCUGCAUGGCACACUCUACACAAUAUUAUUUGUGGAAGUGCUGGUAAGAUUGAUGGCUAUCUUGAUGCAGUGAGAGAGAAACUUAGCUGCGAUGUGACAGUGAUCCAUGGGAGGGACGAUGAGCUCCUUGCAAUUAGUUGUAGUUAUGAUGUCCAGUGCAAGAUUCCUCGUGCGCAUGUUAAGGUUGUUGACAACAAAGACCAUAUCACCAUCGUCGUCGGCCGGCAAAAGGCUUUUGCCCGAGAGCUUGAGGAGAUAUGGAGGAAUUCAAGACGCUGAGUGUGUACUGAAAGAGAGA